AUGACACCAAUACGCACAUGGCUGUUCUCGAGCCUGACUGCUUUGCAGCUCUACAUUGAGGGUAUCAAGGCUGAUGGUACUGGCCUUAUUGGAUAUGGGAAGACGUUGUACAACCCGACUUGUUCCUUCGCCUGCCGCAAUGUCAUUCGGAAGCAGACCCUCGCUUGCACGCCAACGGACAGCUCGACGAACCAUGGAACAGCGCACAACCCCGUCUCGACACCGGCAGAAUGCUUUGUCCGAGACAAAACGUUCCUCAAGACCAUGGCACUUUGUAUCGAUGUCUACUGCUCACUGAGCGACAAGCCAUCAAAGAGCCUCCUGAAAGACUAUUGGGCCUCUCAUCUCGGAACUGGCACCCUAGGUAACUACCAAUAUGUCCCAGCUAUGUCAUAUGAAGAAGCGCUCGCUGCUGCACGGGAAGAUGAGCUCAAAGCCAGGGCAGAUCCGGUCAAUCAGACUACCGCAAAGGUCCCCGCAGGUUUGAAGCCAUACAAAGUAACAAGCCCUCUGGCCCUGACUACUGGUGGAAGUGGUGCCCUGAACGAGACACGUUUUGUGGCGCCCGUGCAAUGGCAGUUACAGUGGAACUACAUGUCGGAUUUUGAGAUCAACGAAAAGGGUCACAGCACGAUGGCGAUCAUCAUCGCAGCCGUCGCAAUCUCCCUACCGGUCCUACUGUCCUUGCUUCGUUUCGUGCCAGGCCUCUCAGCAAAUUGCGGCUGGAGCAGUUUCAAGUCGCUUCUUAUAUAUCCCGCGGCCUUUGGAAAAAAGCACCGCGAGCCCGUAGCAGGAGGUUUAGUUCCGACCCGCGGACAGACUCUCUACAUCAUUCUCAUCAGCUUGCUCAACCUCAUCUUACUCGUCGCGCCGUACACCAUCAAGCAGCCCCAGGCGAGCUUCCUUACCAAGGGCAAACAACUUCUCAGCAUCAUCGGCAAUCGUGCCGGAUCUAUGGCCAUGGGAAACGUCAUCGCAUUGUUCCUCUUUUCAUCGCGAAACAGUAUUCUGCUGUAUGUGACAGAUUGGAGCUACAGCACAUAUCUCCUACUCCAUCGUUGGCUUGGCUACUGGGCUUUCUUGCACACUAUGAUCCAUUCCGUUAUGUUGUGGAGAUAUUACAUCCUUGCGGGCUCCUAUUCCGCUGAAAUAUUGCGUUUGUACUGGCAAUGGGGAAUAGUCGGCACUGUCGCUGCCUGUGCACUGAUACCAUUCUCUCUGCUGACUGUCCGACAAAAGUUCUACGAAUUCUUCAUCAUCUCUCACGUCAUUCUAUCUCUUCUUUUCCUCCUUGGAUUUUACUACCAUAUUUGGUAUGUCUAUACCUGGAGCUGGGGCUACGAAAUUUGGAUGUUCGUUGCAGCGGGAAUGUGGGCACUUGAGCGUCUGAUUCGCAUCGCUCGCAUGGUGUUCCAAGGAAGUAGGACGGCCAUCAUAACCGUGAUCCCACAAACAGAAGGUGAAUACAUCAGAAUUGAAGUCGAAGGAAAGCAGCUCAAGUCUGGCGUGGCCUACAUCUGCUUCCCGACACUUAGCUGGCGAUUCUGGGAAACGCAUCCUUUUUCAGUCAGUGGAUACGUUUCAGGUUGUUUUCCGGAUCAUUCCCAUCGUUCCAAUUCUAGUUCCGGUUCAAAUGCCAGUCCCCGGCUCGAUGAUACCAAAGCGAAGGAUGCUUCUGCAAUGAUUACGGCAUCUACAGCGGUAGACAGCGAGACUACUCCAGUCCGCACGACAUUCUUCGCUCGCACGCGGGGCGGAAUUACUAAAAUGUUACAAGAGAGAGCCGCUCGUUCAGAAGGUCAACAGAUUCGAAUGCUGGUUCUAAUCGACGGUCCUUACAAUCACUCAGGAUAUAUUCAUUCACAAUUUUCACAGUGCAGCAGUAUACUCUGCAUCGUCGGCGGAGUCGGCAUUACAGCUAUACUACCUUUCCUGAAAGAGUGUGGAGACAAAGACACAGAGCUGUUUUGGUCCAGUAGGAAAUCUGGACUCGUCGAUGAUUUGACACCAACACUGGAGUCCCUUUCUCCAGAUAUUAAGGUGAAAACAUUGGUCGGCGAGCGCUUCGACCUGGAUAUGAUUAUUCAGCAGAGCUUGGUCCGUCACGAAGCCAGUGGCAAGGGACCUAUGGCAGUCUUAGUUUCCGGCCCACCAGGCUUAGCCGACGAUGUUCGCUACAAACUCAUCAAGGCUGCGCGAACUUCGAAGAAAAGUCAGCCAUUCAUUUUGAUCGACGAAGCCUUUUCUUGGUGAUUCAAUGUAAAAGGGGUUCAAAUAUCAAGUUGAUUAACACAAAUAAUCUCUGUACAUAUCAACAAUCUCCACGCAUCUUCUGCCG